AUGAUCCUCUUCCCGGAGUUCGAAUACUCACAUACCAGCUACGUUUACGUUGCGGUCUCCUCCGUCGGGAUCUCCUCCAUUCCGGUCACAUCCAACUUAUCACAACCUGAUCCUUCGCGUAUCGAUUUCUUCCUUCUACCGGAUGAAUUAUUUGCCCGCUACAACCACGAAUUCGAACAAAACCCUGAUUUGUGCGCCUUGGAUAUCAAAUUCAUCACAGUCCUCUUUACUUUCCAAGAUCUCUCCCCUCCUCAUCAGUCGUCCUUCAACAAAUCAUACAAUGUCACAUAUCUCGGGAAGUAUUCACUCUACUUUGCAAAUUGCAACGACCUAUCACUCGUGACAAUGGAAGUCCGAACAGAGCUUUCUACAACACCGAUGAUGACCAAAGAUUAUUUAUCAGCUAGGCAACCGCAUCCGUCUCUUUUAUUCAGAUUGUUCCUCAUUGAUCUGUGUUUUUUAGGGGUUUGGAUUUACAUAUCCUUAAAGAACCAGCAAUGUUUCAAGAGGAUCCAUUUACUAAUGGCUGGGAGUUCUAGCCACAAAGGCAAUUCUAGGGGACAAAACAAGAAGAACUUUGGACCCAAGAAACAAAGCUUCAAGAAACCGGGUCAUCAGAAUCCCAACUCAAAGCCAAAAAGGGCCGGUCCUUGCCACAUCUUUGGAGAGAUGGGGCACUAUGCGAGAGAAUGCAAAGAUCGCAAAUCAGUACCGGUUGCACACGCAGUCGAGAAGGUGACUGACAUGGUGGCUAGUGUGAACCUUGGAGAGAUUUUCAUGAUCUCCUCUCUUACUCGAGCAAUCUGUGCUCGAGGUUGGUUUGUGGACACUGGAGCCACUGUGCAUGUUUGUGGGCAUCGAGAGAGAUUUAACACCUACCAACCCAAGCCACAAGGGACGGUUGUCAUCUAUGCUGAUGGCCACAGAGCUGAAGUUCUAGGAAAGGGUGAUGUUCAGUUGAAGUUCACACGUGAUGGUGCUUGA